AUGGUCUUCAAGAAAGCAAGCGGGAAGAGGAGUCUCGCCCCGGACCAUGACGGACACCGCAUGGACGCCUCCACCGUGUUCCGCCUGGCCUCGUCGUCAAAACUCAUCACCAUCAUCGCCGUGCUCCAGGCCGUGGACAAAGGCCUGAUCGGGCUGGACGACGACGUGUCCCCCAUCCUCCCGACGCUCGCCAAGCAGGAAGUCCUCACCGGCUUCAGGUGGUACGGCAAGCCCGUCACGAAACCCCGCGAGGGCCCCAUCACGCUGCGGCACCUGGUCACCAACACGGCGGGGACCGGGUACGACUUCCUCCCGAUCCAGCCGCUGUGGCGCUGGCGCUGGUGGCACGGGCAGAAGAUCGGAGGCAACCAGGACCGGGGCCGGGGCUGGUCGAUCGACGACAGCCUCGACUACCCGUUGCUGCACGAGCCGGGCCGGGGCUGGACCUACGGCAGCGGCGCGUCGUGGGCGGGCCGGGUCCUCGAGACCCUCUCGGGCAUGUCCCUGGACGACUGGAUCCGGGAGCACAUCAACGCGCCGCUCGGGCUGAGCACCCUCACCUUCUUCCCGCAGCGGGACCCGGCGAUCGCCGCGAGGGUGGCGGCGAUGAACAGGCGAGACUACUGGACGGCCAAGGUGCUCGACUGCCAGGACGAGCCGGGGGUGAACAGCUUCUCGGACGGCAGCGACGACAACAACGUCUGCCUCGGCGGCGAGGGCCUGUACUCGAGCCUGGAGGACUUCCUCGAGGUGCUCCACUCGCUGCUGGCCGACGACGAAAGGCUGCUGAGCAAGGCGCUCACGGCGGAGAUGUUCUCGCCCCAAGCGCGCGAGGGCGGGGGAGGCCUGGAGGAGCUCAGACAGUGCCUGGGUUUGCCGUGCUGGAUCUCGCAGGGCAUCCUUAAGAAGGGCGAGUUCAACUGGGGGAUCGGCGGCGUGCUUAUCGACGGCGACGGCCACGACUAUCUCAAGAGAGGAUCUCUGAUGUGGUCUGGUCUCUAUCAUUUGUUGUGGGUGAGUGAUCCAUUGCUGUUCUUGUUGCACGGAAGAGAGAGGGUUAUGCUGACGUUGCCGGCCAAACAGUGGAUGGACAGAGAGGCAGGCGUGUGCGGCAUCUUUGGUGCCCAACUGGUACCGGCUGCAGACAAGACAGUGAUCUCGACGAUCAAGGCGUUCCAGAAGGAAGUCUACAGGAUACUGGACCUGAUGAACGACAAUGGCGAGGUGAAGGACGUGGGCAAGGCCGAGCAGCAGAACGCUGGUGGACCCGGGAAUGGGCCACUCGCCAAGCUGGCAAGAGCUGGUAAGGAUAUCACUGUGCAAGUAGGCGUGCUCGAAGUUUUGCUAACGCUCCCGAUAGGAAGCGACGGGGUCCCCUCGUCAUGGGCGGCUCAGUGUGACUCGAACGCCGCCUCGUCCUCAAGUCUCGUUUCGUUUCUGACAUGGGUCCUGAAGCUCUGGCGCAGGGCCUGA